GAAUGAUUAUGGUCAACUAGUGUACAGUAUGUCCAGAACGUUAGGUGUCGUGUGACCUCUUCAUGUCAGCAAUUUCAUCCGGUUAGCCAACAAAGUCUGUUUCCCAGCAACCAACACUCUACAUCACAUGGCCUGGGACGGUCUAACGACCUGUGCUGCAACACAUACACUUGCACACUUAGAAAGAUGGCCACAGACUUGAAUGCCUUCAAGACAUAUAUUGCAGGCAUGCGUGUUAUCAUUAUCAUCGUGUAUUAACUCUCGAGUGUACCGGCCUGCUGGUGGAGACAGACCACAACCAGGAUGCUUAAACUCACCUGCUGGAUCCCAGCGACCAGCUCAACAUACCCCUCUGGCUCCCAAGCGAGAUGAUGUCCCUCCUUUGGACCCAUGCAACUGGCAGUUGUCCGCUGGAGCAGAAGUGGAUCUCUGUAUCAAAGGUCGGCAGAAGGUUAUUGGCUUCCAGCAUGUGGCUUCUGCGAUGUUGGUAUCCCCUCAUUACAAGGAGAAGGUGAAAACAGCCUCAAGGCUGUCUGCGAUAGAGCUAAGACACGACCAGGCCUGGAACUCCAGGAGGAUUUCUCAUGCAGCAAUAAGAGCCAGACUUGCCGACAUUUGCAGGAGUUAUGAGGACGUUGAUUGGGAUUCAAAGCUGCCUCGACGCCAGAAGGCAACGCCAACCUUGGAGAAAAUUGCUGACCCGGUGGCUGAGCGUCCUUCAUCAAUACGCUACUACAGAAAACCUCAGCUGUGGCAGAGCGGAAGAGAAACUGUAACAAAUAACAGAGGAGAUUGGGGUGCUCCUGGACAUGUAGUCUCUUGUGGGACAAUUGGCUCAGAAAACAUGGAUAACAUUGAUAACAUGGAAGAAGAUUUCCAACCACUGACCUUAAAGAGGAGCAUUGUGCCACCAUACACACCUCCAGCACGCUGUCCCUGA